UACUUACAAAAAUGAAAGAAAAGUCAACAUUCUCGUCGUCUCCUCUGUCGCCCUUUCUUCUUCGUUGACUCGUCGUUUACCUGACGACUUACCGCCGUUCGCUCUCUUCGCCGUUGGUGCGCUAUAUCACGCUGCUUCAGGUCUCGUUGUCGUUCGUAAACAGUCUAAUUUACAGCAUUUAUAUCUGCUUGAGUCAGUAUACUUGGCUCAUGGGUAGAUUUUAUUUGAUCUUUUCUCGCACCUCAUAAGGUUCCAGAAGGGAAAACUUGGGAUAACUGAACUAUGCUUCUUCUAGAUGUGCAUUUAGUUUUGUAAAAUGAAGACACAAACCUGUGAAACCAACAUUCAUAACUGAUGAUGUCCGGAGGAAACUGAGUUUCUGAGCUUAUUGGGAUACACAAACAUAUAAGGAGAAACAAAACAUAUAUACACAAAAUUGAGCAAGGGUGAAGGGUCAUCAUCACAUAACUUAUAAUGGUUGUCCUCUCUGAAUUUUCAGAAGGAUCUUCAUCAUCUUCAUCAACUCAUGGUCAUAGAUACGACGUGUUUUUAAGUUUCAGAGGUCUCGACACUCGUAAUAGUUUCACUGCUUACCUUCAUAAGGCUCUUGUGGAUGCCAAUAUCACUACCUUCUUGGAUGAUGAAGAGAUUGAAACAGGGGAAGAUCUGAAACCAGAAUUGGAGAGUGCUAUUAAAGCAUCUAGGGCUUCUGUUAUUGUUUUGUCCAAGAAUUAUGCUAGUUCGUCAUGGUGCCUUGAUGAAUUAGUUAUGAUCCUUAAGCAACGUGUGAAAUCCAACCAAAUUGUCAUCCCCGUAUUUUAUCACGUUGAGCCGACCCAUGUCAGGAAACAACAAAGUAGCUUCGGAGAUGCAAUGGCUAAGCAUAGACAGAGGAUGGAGGCUGAGACAAAUGAAAAUAAAAGAAGUCAAUGGGAUCAAAAGAUUGAUCGAUGGAAUAAAGCACUUAAAGAAGUUGCUGAUUUGAAAGGGAAGGACGUAACCGGCAGGCUAGAGAUGGAAUUCAUUGAAGAAAUUGUCCAGGACAUCUACCAUAGAUUACGUUUACCCUUAAACAGUCCUUUGCCACUGCUUAUUGGAAUGGAGGAUUCCAUUACAUUGGUCACUUCAUGGUUGAAAGAUGCAUCAUCACAUACGACUGACAUACUCACUAUUUUGGGUAUGGGCGGGAUCGGGAAGACAUCUUUAGCCAAAUAUGUCUAUGGAUUACAUUGUCGUGAAUUCGAAACAAGCAGUUUUAUUGGAAAUAUCAGUAGGAGAUGUGAUGAAAAAUUUAGUGGGUUGCUUGAGUUACAAAAACAACUCUAUGAUGAUAUUUCAAAGGCACGUUCAAUCAAAGUUCAUGAGGUUUCUAUAUACACCUCAAAGAUAGAGAAUGUAGUAACUCGUAAAAAAGUGUUCCUAGUUCUUGAUGAUGUUGAUAGUCUCCAUCAGUUGGAUGCAUUACUUGGGAGCAAAGGUUUUCAUCCGGGAAGCAAAGUUAUAAUAACAACAAAAGACGCAUGGUUGACAGAGAGCUGUGCACUAUUUAAAACAAACGUUAAACCCAAUCAUGCAAAACACUUUCUUCAAGUCUUAGAUGAAACUCCAUCACGAAAACUAUUGUGUUUUCAUGCAUUCAUGUCCUACACACCCAAGGCAAAUUAUGAAGAGGUGACAGGAAACUUUGUGAAGUAUUGUGAAGGACAUCCAAUGGCUCUUGAAGUUUUGGGCAAGUCUUUACAUAAUCGAGAUGUAGCAUACCGGGAAGAUUGGAUAAAACAACUAACGAAAGAACCCGGUUCUCCUAUAGAUAAUGUUUUGAGAAUGAGCUUUAAUUCUUUGCCAUCAACAAACGAUAAAGAUUUGUUUAAGCAUAUUGGUUGCUUUUUUGUUGGAAAAGAUAGAGAUGUUACUGAAACGAUAUUGGAGGCAUGUAAUAUAAACAUAAGAUCUGGGAUCACAAAUCUUGUUGACAGAUGCCUUCUUAGUAUCGGAUCGAAUAACGAAUUGAUGAUGCAUCAAUUGCUUCAAAAUAUGGGAAGAUUCAUAGUACAUCAAGAAUCACCUCACAAGCCAUGGAAGCGAAGUCGAUUAUGGUGUCAUGAAGAGUCAUUCAAAGUAUUGAAACAAAAUAAGGGUACAGAAAAUGUUCUAGGCCUUGUCCUUGAUAUGCGAAUGCUUGAGAAAAAGAAGUUUCAUGCAUCAUUUGAGCUAAAAACAGAUGCAUUAAGUAACAUGGACAAUCUGAUGCUACUACAACUCAAUUAUGUGCAAACUACUGGGCCUUAUGAGAAUUUUUCAGAAGAACUAAGAUGGUUGUGUAUGCAUGGGUUCACUUUAAAGUCUAUACCUUCGGACUUGCCGAUGGAUAAUCUGGUUGCUCUUGAUAUGUCAUAUAGCAAUAUUGAAUCAUUUGGAAUUUGUUAUAGUAAUCCACAACGACUUCAAAAGAGGCAAAAGCUGUCAACUGGAUUUUUCUUAGAAGACAAAAGGUUGCCUCGAUCAUUGAAGAUUCUAAAUUUAAGUUUUUGUCAACAACUUCAUAGUCUGGGUGGCUUUGACCAACUCCCUGCACUUGAGAGGUUAAUACUUAUAGACUGCAUUGGUUUGCUUGAUGUUUGUGAAUCAAUUGAGCAAUGUGUUGAACUUGUCCAUGUUGAUCUGAGCUACUGCAACAAGCUUGAAAAUCUUCCAAGAAUCAUAGGCAUGUUAAAGAAAGUUAAAACACUAUUGAUAGAGGGUUGUAAUCUCAGUGAAUCUCGAAUCCAGGUUAAGGAUAUUGAUUCCCCUGAAAAAAGCAUAGUAAUCUUUUCCCCCGCCAUUCCAGAGGCUAUACCAACUUAUUCAAAAUUGUUUACCAUAUCUUUACCGAGAUCUUUAGUAAGCUUGUCGCUUGCAAAUAAUAACUUGUCGACCGAAUCCUUUCCCAUGGACUUCAGUAGCCUAUCUAUGUUAAAGGAAUUAUAUUUAGAUGAUAAUCCCAUCGUUUCUCUGCCCUACUGUGUUAAAAGCCUUCCUAAGCUUGAGUCACUUAGUAUGGUAAAUUGUAAUUUGCUAACGUCAGUCGAUCAUCUUCCACAUACACUAACAUAUUUGGACCUUCAUUCUAAUUCUAAUAAGCCUUUGCUACAAAAAGUUGUGUUUGAUCCUGACAUGUCCCCGCUCGAGUUGUCAGUAGACUGGAAGAUGUUUGCAACUUCGUCAUUUGAAUUUGAAGGCUUAAUCAAAAUCCAACCAAUGGCUGGUAUUGAUGAAAAGUUAUUACAUAGUUUGGGCUGGACUAAGCUAGACUUCCUUAAUGAAAGGCGUGUGCGAACUGAUGUUUGGUUUUCUGGACCAAAGGAAUCUGAAAUCCAGGUGUAUUAUGAAUUUGGAAUAUUCAGUACAAUUUAUGGAGGAGAAGAGAUGCCGAAUUGGAUUACGGAGAGAAGCAGUGGGCCAUCAAUAUCAUUUACAAUCCCAUCAUCUCCUAACACGUUUAGAGGAUUGAAUUUCUGUUGUGUGCUGACAUCUCAAUUUUUUCUGGAGGAGGGGUUUGGAUUUGUAGAUGAUGUACCUCUUAAUUUGCCGGUGAUCAUAAUUAGUAAUAUUACAAAGAACCUCACUUGGAUAUACAACCAUUACAUUGACAUAGUCUAUCUAAGUGGAAUGUAUUUGACGUUGUCAAGCUAUUGGAUGUUUGGGAUGAAUGAAAUGGAAUGUGGUGAUCACGUUACUAUUACUGUUAUCCUAAGGCAGAAACCAUAUGAUAUUGGUAGUGCAGUUACAAAGGAGUGUGGAGUGAGUUUUGUGUAUGAUGAUGGAAAAGAAGAAGAAGAAGAAGAAGAUGUGUUGGGUUAUUACAAAUCAUGGAAUCACAUCAUUGGUCGAGAUCUCACGGCAUUUCAGUCAACCACUGGAGAAUACAUCCUAAACAAAAUUCGAAUUGUGCUGCCUUAUGUUGAUAUGGAUAUACCAAAAUAUGACAGUUUGUGUGGAGAAGGCGCCUGUUUUAAAGAUGAGGUGCAGUUCAGAGCUUUCUCUUAAAGGAAGUCCAACUGACUUGAGGAUGGCCCCUAAGGUAAUAUGACUGCAGAAAUUCCUCUCAAGCUCCAUACAUAUGCUUGAUGUGCUUUAAAUUGAUAGAAACUUAUCAAGAUUCAAGCAAAAAAUGGAUUUGAUAGCUUGUCAAAAUAACUGGAAAGAUGAAUGCUAUCCUUUAUGUUUGUGUAGUGAUUUAUGUGCUUGCAGAAAAGUAAACAAAUGCACAAGUGGAUGUCUUAAUAUAUCAAAUAUUUCCAUGAAUAAUAAAUUUUGAUGGUUUUUAUAGGCUUAA